UCUGCUUCCUUUUUGUUUCUGCUCUCCAUACACAAAGAAACCUUGAUUCCCUUCAGAGUGUUAUUUCCUUCCUUUCUGCAGCUGGCUCUUGGCUGUAGGUUCUCCUCGUGAAGCACAGCGUGCCGACGCUGCUGGAUCCAGACAUGAGCAGCAGCAGGGCGCUCCGCAGCAGCCCGGACGAUCUGUCCUGGGUGCUGGACCUCGGCAACCUGACCGCCGCCCUGCUCCCCGAGGGCUUGGUCCUGCAGCCCGUGUGGGACCACCUCCAGCAGCACCAUCAGCCCCUCCUGCGCAGCCCGCUGUUUCCCGUGGUGCUGUCCGUGUCCACCUACUUCGUCCUGGUGGGUCUGUACACCGGCCUGGACCUGUUGGCGCCCACCUGGCCCUGCGUCAACCGCUACAAGCUGCACCCGCAGCGCCCCGUCACCUCGGCCCACGUCUGCUCCACGCUGGGCGUGACGCUCUACAACCACCUCGUGUACAUCUUCCCGGCCGCAGUGGCCCAGUGGCUGUGGCGGCCGGCCACUGGGCUGCCGCGCCAGGCGCCCACCCUCUGGGAGUUCCUGCUGGGGAUCCUGGGCUGCACCGUGGUCUUUGACUUCCAGUACUACCUGUGGCACCUGCUGCACCACAGGGUGCCCUGGCUGUACCGGACGUUCCACGCCGUACACCACCAGUACAGCCAGCCGUUCAGCCUGGUCACCCAGCACCUGUCUGGCUGGGAGCUGUUCAGCGUGGGCUUCUGGGCCACGGUGGACCCCGUCCUGCUGCGCUGCCACUGCCUCACCGCCUGGGGCUUCAUGGUGUUCAACAUCUACGUGUCCACCGAGGACCACUGCGGCUACGACUUCCCCUGGGCCAUGCACCGCCUGGUGCCCUUCGGCCUGUGGGGCGGCGCCCCCAAGCACGACGCCCACCACCAGAAGCCCGCCACUAACUUUGCUCCUUUCUUCUCCCAUUGGGACUGGCUGGGGGGAACCAAUACCUCCACCACCAGCAGCACCCUCUCAGGAACCACCCCCACCCUCAGCACAGAGGAGGAGGUAAAGGAGGAGAUGAAGGGAAGGAAAGACUAAACUACAGACGAUCCACCUUGUCCCUUAGAUCAGCGGUCCCCAACCCCCGGUCCGCGGACCGGUACCGGUCCGUGGGUCA